AUGGAGGGUUCAGGCUGUCACUCGCUUCGCUCCUUCCCGGUCUCCUUCAGGCAGCCCUGGGCGCUGGUGGGGAUCCUCGGAGGGGAUCAGCUUUCCACGGCGGAAGAUAAACGGGAGUACCACGGGAGUGGAACGACGGGGUUAGCCGUGGCCCAGAGAGAUUUCGUCACCUACGACGGCACCCGUUUUACCGUUACCGCCUUCAGUGGAUGGAUAAAAGGGGUGCCUCAUAAUGGAUUUAAAGUGGAAGUGUCCAAAGGAAUAAUUCUUCACUUGGUGGAUGAGGUUACAAGUUGGUUACCUGGUGACCGGGUCGUCGUUGCCAGUACAGAUUAUUCUAUGCAUCAGGCUGAAGAGUUUAAUCUCCUUCCUUGCCCUGAAUGUAGAAGUAAUCAAGUGAAAAUCGAUGGCAGCCCACUUUAUCUUCACAUUGGAGAAGUCAUAGAUGGUGUCGAUAUGAGGGCAGAGGUUGGUCUUCUGACUAGAAAUAUACUUAUUCAAGGAGAAAUGGAAGACUCCUGUUAUGGACAAAAUCAAUGCCAGUUUUUCUCCUUUGAUACAUUUGGAGGACAUAUUAAAAUCCUAAGGAAUUUUAGCUCUGUUCACAUGUCAGGAGUGGAGUUAAAAAACAUGGGGCAGCAGAUCCUGGGCAGUUACCCUGUGCAUUUUCACUUGGCUGAGGAUGUGGAUGAGAGAGGAGGAUACGAACGCCCAACGUACCUUGAUAACCUGGCUAUCCACCACUGCUUCUCUAGGUGUGUUGCCAUACACGGAACUCAUGGCCUUCUGGUAAAAGACACCAUUGGCUAUGACACUCUGGGGCACUGCUUCUUCCUCGAAGACGGGACGGAGCAACGCAAUACGUUUUAUCACAACUUGGGCCUCCUCACAAAGUCAGGGACGAUCUUGCCUUCGGAUCGCAAUGAGGCUAUGUGCCUUGCCAUCCGCAGCCACGUCUACGGGGAUUACGUUCCUGUGCCGAGCACCGACUGCAUGGCUGUCAGCACAUUCUGGAUUGCAAAUCCAAACAACAACUUAAUAGAGAAUGCAGCAGCUGGUGCUCAGGAUGUUGGGAUAUGGUACAUCUUCCACCGGGUUCCCACUGGACAGUCUGAGGGGCAAUAUCCAGAGGGACAGGCUGAACAUACCCCCUUGGGAGUAUUUUACAACAACAGGGUCCACUCCAAUUUCAAGGCUGGUUUGUUUAUUGGAAAAGGAGUAAAGACAACGAGAGCCAAUGCUGAGGAUCCCAGAGAGUAUCUGACUGUCGAUAAUGCCAGGUUUCGCCCACAUCAAGAUGCUGAUCCUGAAAAGCCACGAGUUCCUGCCGUGAUUGAUGGUCUUAUUGCUUUUAAAAAUAAUGACCAUGGCGCCUGGGCCAGGGGUGGCGACAUUAUUUUCCGCAACUCGGGGUUUUCAGACAAUGGAAUUGGACUCACUCUGGCAAGUGAUGGGACUUUCCCAACAGAUGAAGGCUCCAGCCUGGAGGUUACACGCUCCAUUUUUGUUGGAGAAAGCAGCAACUUUGGCUCCCAGGGAGGCCAAAACAGCUACUGGGGAAAAGGGGCAAAUGGAGAAUACAGAACACUGCCCAGAAACAAGACGUUCCCUAUUCGUGGAUUCCAGAUUUAUGAUGGACCUGUCAGGAUUGCAGAAUGCACUUUCAAGAAGUUCACCCCGACUGUUGACAGAUUCUCAAGUGCCAUUGGGUUCUUCAUGAAAAAUUCCUGGCAGAUAAGCCCCCAGAAUAAUGUGUCACAGAUCUUGAUGGAGAGAAGCGUUGGACUGAAAGUGUUUUUUGGCAGAUCGGGCCAGUGGUUUGGAAACAACGAUAAUGACGGUGACAAAAUGUCUAUCUUCCAUGAUCUGGAUGGCUCGGUGACAGGUUAUCCGGACACUUUCAUAGGCAGAGCGGACAACUACUUGCUGCGUCAUCCUGGGUGUCUCACUGUCCCACGCUGGAAUGGGGUGAUGUGUACUGGGAAAUUCGCACAGCUUUAUAUUCAGGCCAGACGCCCCGAGAAUCUGACCUUAUCCAUUGCCAGAGCAGCAUACCAUUCCCAUCCCUUGCGGUUGCAAGGAGUGAACAGAGGAGCACCAUACCAGCAGUAUCAGCCUGUGGUCAUGCUCGAGCAGGCUUAUAUCAUCCAGUGGGACGGCAGAGCACCUGAGGAUGUUAUACUGUACCCAAUCAACUUCAACAGAGGGGACUGGCUGCAUGUUGCCCUCUGCUAUCCCAGGGAAGCCGUUUUCCAAGUGGUGGCAGAUAUCUACCAGCGACGGACAGGGACGGUGCACAGUGUAAAGCAUUACCUCGCUGCUCCUUCCCAGGCCAGCGCUCUCAACGGGACCGGCGAGCGGCUCUUCUACUUCGACAGAGCAUCGGGGUACUUGUUUGUUCACCUGCAAGCCCAUGAAGCUCGGAAAGGACACAGUUACUGCUCUCAGCAAGGCUGCGAACGUAUUAAAAUCAUGGCGCAUAUGUACCGAGGGGACUCCUGGAGCUGUGACCCAAACCCCUUCCUGGAGAGGCCAGCAGCUGCCCAGCGCCCCGUGUCCCAGCACCCAGCUGGCCCGUGCAGGGCGUGUGGGGCCCCGCAGCUUGCUAUCACUAGCACGCCCUCAGUCAAGUAUAUAAGGAUCCAGAUCCAGUCUCUCGGCAGGGCGGACAUGCAAAACCACUUGACAUCUGCAUUCAUUAAGAUAAAUGACACAGUUUUCCUGUUCAAUAGCCAUGGGAUAUUCUUCGUGGUGCUAGAUGCAUGUUCAGGAGCAGUCGUGAGUAGGCGGCACUUUGACACAGUUACUGGUGAAAACGCCGUCAGUGCAAUAACUGAUUAUGUUCAAACAUUUAUAAAAGAGAGAUCACUUGUUCUUGUGUGCUCUAGAGAUAUUGCAGACGUGGUGGGGAGCUCUGAAAUGUCUGUUUUUACCAGGUUAGGUUCAGCAAAGCCUGUUGUCUUCCAUAAGGAAGGGAGUUUUGCCAUGCUUGGCUAUAAGGGACAAGCCAAACCCUCCUGGAUUAAAGUCGUUAAUCAUGCUGGUUAUCAGAAAGCUGCUUCUCUACAGCAUUAUGUUCCCUUGAAGCUGAAAGAAUAUCAAUGUCCAGCUAAGGCCGAAGAGUCACUAAAAUUCGCUUUUUCUCAGAACCACUCGGAGCAUAUCUCUGCAGAGGCUGUGGCACCCCGGGAUUAG